GGGGCCGCCAUGCCGGAGCUGGAAUCCCCACUGCACAGCUUCCUUGGGGUGCAGCCCAGAAUCCUCGGGGCGAUGCUAGUGGUGCUGGGGCUGCUGCAGGUGGCCUUCGGAACGCUCUUCGUCAUCGACAACUGCACCUACACAGAUGGUGUCGGCAUCCACUUCUUCCCAGGAGUCCUGUUGUUCUUGGCUGGCAUCACUGCCAUCGCAGCUGACAAAGCACCUAGCAUGGCCCUGGCGAAGGCCAGUCUGGUGAUCCAGAUCAUCGCUGCAGCUGUUGUCGUGGUGAUCUGUUUCCUCUACCUGAGGGACCUGUUCUCCUAUCUCAAUUUUGACUGUGAUCUCCAGGACUGCCGUGUGCAUGACCAGAUCCUGAUCUAUUGCACAGGCAUGCGGGGCAUUGCACUCUUCACGGCAACUCUGGGGUUGUGCUUCACUGUUUCUCUGGCAGUGUUUGGAUGCAAAGCUGUCUGUUAUCCAGACUCUGAAGACAAUGUGCCCAUUGUUGCCAUGAGCUCUUACGAGGCCCAAGCAGAUCCUGAGUGAGAGGGACCCCUUUCCUGCCACCAGCUGGAGUGACCUCACCAGAUAGCUCCGCCUGAGAAAUGCUGCUUCAUUUGUGAGCAAUAACCCACAGCAAGGGGCAAGGCCAAGUACCCAGGCAGUGCAGGAUUCUGGGGAUAGAGAGGGGAUCACCAAGCAGCACAGCCAGGCAGACUUGCUCCUAGAAGACAUUGGCAGGUCCCCUACUAACUUUUGUCCCCAUGACCAUUGCCACUGGCUUCUCCAUGCAGCAGGCAAAUGGCCUGGAUUCUCCCGUGAUCAAUAAGGCUACAUCUACAUUGAGUUUUCUCGGCAAAAAAUAUGCUAAUGAGGUACUCAUUUGCAUGAGUCACGAUCUCAUUUGCAUAUUUUCCGCCAAUCCAUUUCCACGCUAGGGUUUUUCCACAAAAACGAGCAGUGUGGAUGUUCUCUUUUUGUGCAAAAAAACCCAUUUAUACCAGGACUGAAUUUGCCCUGUUUUUGUCACCAUGUCACAUGAUGUUGCAUUGCCCCCCAUGGGGGACCUGUUAAUAUAGAGCAGUGUUUCCCAAUUGUAUUUGGCCAUGGAACCCUUUUAAACUCAAAAGAAUUUUGUGGAACCCCUAAUAACAGCAACUGGUUUGACAGCUGAAGCUUCGACUUUGUUCGAAACGACGCUAGUAUAUUUGCAUUCAGUCACCUACGUGAUCUGAGUGGGUACGGGGAUUUAUGGUGGUAUAUAACAGGUGAUCGCACCACUGACUGCAUAUGCAGCACUGAGUAGUGACAUGAUCAUCUCUGGCUAAGCUGGCAUUACACAGGGACGCUUAUCAUAGUAAAAACAAUUGAAAAUGGUUUUCAAUAAAAUUCAUAAAUGCUUUGGAAAAAAUAUUAAUCACAAAAUGUUAUUGUAAUGGAAUUUUCUCGUGGAACCCUUAUGUUCACUUUGCAGAACUCCAGGGUUCCACGGAACACCAUUUGAGAAACAAUGCUGCAAAGCAUCACCAUCAAAAGUGGUAAUAGGGGUACCUGGGUGAGUCGCAUCAGGGAUAGACACAGGCAUCUACCUGCUACUUGGCCUGGGUUAUUGCUGAUCUGCACUAUCUCUUGCUUUCAUUUAAAAACAAAUUAAACAG